AUGGGCUAUGAUGACCUUGUUAGUUCUAUUCUACGGAAACUUGGUCUAGAAGGCGUGAAACGGGUUAAGAAGUUCUUCUAUCGCAUUUCGAUCUCGGUCCUCCAAGAAAUCGUGAAAUAUGAUUGUUUCACAAUCGAUAGUGAUGAGGACUUGCAGCCUGUUGCGUCCCCUUCAUUUGUUGUGGAUCUCAAUGGAAGUGGAGGCGACGAGGUUGGAAUAGGGGAUUAUGUGCCUACCCCUUUACAGUGUGCUGCAUCGGCUGGUCUUGUAGAUGCAUUGUUGAAUGAUCCAGUGGACGACGAUGUAGAGCCGGAUAUCAUUGCCGAUGACAGUGGCGAUGAUGUUGGACCGAGUGAGCCUGCUUGUGCGGGAGGUAGUUCUAGCUCUGGCACACAGCAGUACCCUCCAUAUUUUUCAUCUCUGGACUUGGAUGCAAUGAGGCAGCAGGGGGAUCCUGGGGAGCCUGCUGGUUUUGGCGCUAGAGAUGCGGAAGGGUCUGCAGGUCUGAUAGAGUUUCAGGUUGGUCAGCAAUUUCAAGACAAGGAUGAGGCCGUGUUAAGUGUGAAGACUUACAGUAUCCGACGUGGGGUACAAUACAAGGUUGUGGAGUCUGACUAUUGCCAGUAUGUUGGAAAAUGUUAUGAGUUUGGGAAUGGGUGCAAAUGGUUGAUUCGGCUUAGCCUCCGGCAGCGCAAGGGCAUUUGGAAAGUCAAAAGGUACAACGGACCACAUACGUGUCUAGCGACCUCCAUCUCCAGCGAUCACAGGAGUUUGGAUUAUCAUGUGAUCUUGGCAUUCAUCAUGCCAAUGGUUCGGGCUGAUACAUCCGUAUACAUCAAGGUGCUCUUAAAUGCCACGGCCGCACACUUUGGGUUUAAGCCGAUGUACAGGAGGGUCUGGCUGGCGAAGCGGAAGGCCGUUGCCCAUAUCUAUGGUGACUGGGAUGAGUCGUAUAACGAGCUCCCUAGGUGGAUGUUAGGAGUUCAGUUGACGAUGCCUGGUACGGUUGCAGUCCUUAGGAUGAGCCCAGUUCGAGUUGGGGGACAGGUGGACGAGUCGCAAGCAUAUUUUCACCGACUGUUUUGGACGUUUCCACCAUGUAUCGAGGCAUUCUGUCAUUGCAAGCCAUUGGUCAGUAUUGAUGGCACCCAUCUGUAUGGCAAGUAUGGCGGAAUGUUGCUCGUCGCGAUUGCACAGGACAGGAACUCCAACAUUUUGCUUGUUUCAUUCGCCCUGGUUGAGGGUGAGAAUACCGAGUCCUGGUCCUUCUUCCUCUCCCACCUGCGUCAGCACGUGACCCUGCAGUCGAGACUGCUGGUUAUAUCAGACAGGCAUAACGGCAUCAAGGCCACCCUUAAGGCUCCGGAUGGAGGAUGGCUACCUCCAGCUGCGUACUGUGCAUUCUGCAUUCGACAUGUGGUAGCAAAUUUCGUACUUACCUUCAAGGGCAAGGACGUAAGAAGGCUAAUUGUGGAUGCAGCUUAUGCUAAGACUGAGGUGGAGUUUGAUUACUGGUUUGAUAUUCUGCGGUCUGAAGACCCUGCCAUGUGUGAAUGGGCGAACUGGAUUGAAUAUUCAUUGUGGACACAGCAUCGUGAUGAGGGUCGGAGAUUUGGGCACAUGACAACAAAUAUCUCCGAGUGUGUUAAUUCCAUCCUCAAGGGGGUUAAGAAUCUCCCUGUGUGCUCGCUGGUCAAGGCAACUUACGGUAGGUUGGCAGAACUAUUCGUCCGCAAGGGGAGAGAGGCUGAGGCCCAUAUGGGCACCGGACAACAGUUCAGUCAACACCUGGUGAAGUGUAUCGAGGCCAACCUGAAGACGGCGAGGUGCUUCACGGUGACUUUGUACGACAGAGAUAACUCGGAGCUUACCGUCGCCGAGACUACUCCUAUUGGUAUGUUUUCACUGGGAAGCUACAGGGUCUCACUUGCAAGUCAAACAUGUGAGUGUGGAUACUUUCAGGCACUUCAUUUUUCGUGUCCUCAUGCCCUGGCAUAUUGUGCCUAUUCACGGCUUACGUGGCAACCGUAUAUACACCAGGUGUAUCGUCUUAGUUUCGUGUUCAGUGUGUAUCGAAUGGGGUUCACACCUCCCAUCCCCGAGGGAUUUUAG